AUAACUAUAUCCGCUCCUGACCGUAUUCCCGAAGCGAAGCUACUCGGUAAGUGAUUUUGUUGGAAUGAAUCCUUGAUAGACGUUUUCAUCAAUCAAGGCUCAAAUACGUUAAUUUUCAAUUUGUACUGUAAGAUAUAAAACGAUUCUAGUGAAGUAAAUAUGACCAUAAAAUCUAUAAAGUACUAAAACUGAUUUGGUCUUGGUCAAUUGUAGCUUUGAUAAGUUGACAGGAUAAAUCCUAUUGUUUCUUGAUCAAGAAUAAGGAGGCGACAACUUCAAUUUAUAGUAGAAAUUGUAGUGAACACAUAGCAAUCAUAUAAAUUAAAUCCAGGAAAGAUUGAGUACUUUACCGUUAGAUAUUGAAAAUAAGUUUUGAGUAGUGUUAUGCAACAUCUUCUCUUUGUAUAUGAAUAACGUGACAAAGUUUAAGAAAACCUUCAGCCUAAUAAAUUGGUCUUACAAAUCGUACUAAUUAUGAUGCAAAUUCUCUUCAAUAGUCUUGUUUUCCUCAGGAAAGAUGUCCAAUGAGUUCAAGCUUCAUGAUCGAGUUUUUGCUAAAAUGAAAGGAUAUCCUCAUUGGCCAGCUCGGAUAAAUGAGUUGGGCCCUCAAAGAAAAGCCCCGCCGAAAGGGAAAUAUGCUGUAUUUUUCUACGGAACGCACGAAAUUGCAUUCCUAAACGCUAAAGAUCUCUUCCCGUUCGAGGAACAUAAAGAAAAAUAUGGCAAACCUAAUAAACGCACUGGUUUUAAUUUAGGUUUGGAGGAGAUUGAAGAUAACCCAAGCGUUUGCCUUGAAGACGAGGAAAUAGAGGAUAGCGACUCAAAAGAAAAUAGGGACGACGAGCAAGAUAUUGCUUCUGACGAAGAAAAAGAAACUCAAAGUGAAACUAAAACUAAAAAAUCCAGAGGCAGGACACAAAGCGAUAAAAAAGCUCAAGGAGGGAAGAGAAAGCGAAAUAGUUCCUCAAAGACUGAGAAACCAGCAAAAAAAUCUAGAGUUUCUACAUCGUCCGAGGAAAAAGACCAAGAACCUGGAGAAGAUGCCAUUACAGCAAAUACUGAAUCUACAGAUCGUAAAAGCCCAAUGAAAACAUCUGGGGAUGACACGAAUGAUAAAGAAAUAAAUGACGAUGCCAUCUCAAAUGAAUCCGAAUCAUCUCCCCCGCCGCCAACAAAUAGUAAGCCAAGCCGCCGGAAGGGCCGAAGAACAGACGAUCCAGCUCCAAAGAGAAGAAGCCGUCGAAGGAAACCGAGCUCAAUAAACGAAUCAGAGGAGGCAAAAUCCCCUAAUGAAGAGCCCAAUGAGACAGAAAAAGAAGAGAAUUCAAAUUCAAAAAAGGCGGAAAAAGAAAAUAUCUCAGAGGAUGAAGAUUCGAACGUUCAAAAGGAUGAUCUUUUCGAAGAUAUCCGAAAUUCAGAAGAGUCUGAAGAGACAACUCAAGUUGAAAAAUCGAAGGAGGAACCUCUUAAUACUGAUAACGAAACUAAAGAAACACCGAAACAGAGUGAUGACGAAGAAGUGAUAUCAUCACCUAGAAAAAAAUUGAAAAAAAACAAAAGUGUCUUAGAAUCAUCCUCGGAAGAUGAAAUUAAAAAAACCAAGGCGAAAGGAGAUCGACCAAAACGAAAAGAGAAAAGUCGUAGGUCUUCGUCUAAAACAGAUCAGAAAGAUACAGAACAUCACAAGAAGAGUAAGAAAGGCGACAAACACAAACACGAGUCCUUGAAAGACAAAGAAAAAUCUAAAAAAAAUAAAAGAAUAUCUAAAGAAGAGAAAAAAGAACAAAAGAAGAAGGAGCUUUUAGAGAGAAAAAAGAGAGCAAAAUAUGAAGAGAAGAGAGGGAAUAUGUUAAAGGAGCUAGAUCUUCAAAUUAAGAAGUCGUUACAAGCUACUGAUCCAGAUUUUAAAAAAUGCUUAGAUGUGCUGGACCAAAUGUGCAAUAUGCACUUCACGCCAGAUUUAUUAAAAAGAUAUCAUUUUGUUGUUGACACUAUUAGAAAGUGUCGACGUUAUACUAAAUCGCCUGAAAUCCAAGCGAAAGCCGCUCAAGUGUAUCACAAAUGUAAAGAAUGUUUUAUAAUUUCGGAUGGCCUUUCUUUUACAGAGACAUUUAAAAAAGCUGUUGAUGAGUAUGAACUCGAAAACAAGAAUAAGAAAUCAAAAAAUGACGCGGACUCGAAAGUUGUAAAAUCCAGUGAAGACGAUUCAUCAAAUGAUAAAAAAAUUACUGAUGCUAAUGAAAAUUUAUCAAAGGAGGAAACGAAAUCUGACGAAAAGUUCGAACUUAAGACUGAAGAGAUAUCUGAAAAAGGUACGAAGAGUGAUGAUGCAGAAGAGAAAGGUGCUACAAAUGAUGUUGAACCAGAUAUCCCAAAUGAUGAGAAAGAUAGUGCGCCAGUUGUAGAGCCAGAAAACGAUACAGCUAACCUUGGCUUCGAUGAAGUAGUCAAAGAUGUUAUUAAUGAAAAUGAUACAAAGCAAAACAACGAGGAUGAUGAACCAUCCAAUGACAUUCAGAAUUUGGAAGAAAGAAUUCAACACAUAAUAAAAACUUCACAAACAGACGCAAUAUUGCACGAACCUCCUACAAUUGAAACGGAGUCAAAAAGGAUUCAGCCGAGUGAAAGGGGAGGACAAGUGAUCUCCGAUGAUGAACUACAUAAUUUGUUGGGCGUUUAA